CAGUAACCCUCAGUUCCUCUCCUCUCUUCACCAAUUUAAUUUCUUCUUCACAGUGAAAGCGAAGAGAUUAGGUCAUAGAAAUAGCGGUGCAUUUUGGGGAGGAAAACGUGUUAAACAUGGCAGAAGAGAGGGAGAAAAGAAGCUGCAAGUUUUGCAUCAAUGAUAAUGUGGACGUGUUGAUAGAGAUCCUGAAACGGCUGGACGGCCGUUCCAUGGGCGUCGCCGCCUGCGUCUGCCGCCUGUGGUGCGCCAUAUCUCGGGACGACUCGCUGUGGGAGCAUCUGUGCUUCCGCCACGCGUCGCCGCCGCCGGAGGGAGUGAGGACGGUGGUCACGGCGCUCGGGGGGUACCGCAGGCUGUACAUGGUGUGCGUGAGGCCGGUGGUGAGUCGACUCAGGAGCUGGCGAAUCGGUGCCGACUCGUCGUCGGAACGAGUCUGGACGCGGAACGAGGUGGACCUCUCCUUGUCCUUGUUCUGCGUCGACUACUAUGAGAGGGUGUUGCUCGGCGACAAUGGCGGCGGCGGAGGCGGAGGUAGGCUCGGCGACGACUCCUCCACGGCGUCGCUCAUGUUCCUUUGCAAAGCGGUGAACGUUUGACGACAUGAAGGACGUAUACGUCGUAUGGCAGGCACUGUAUUUACAACUCCAUUAUAUUCCAUUAUUAUUAUUAUUAUUUUCUAAUACAUCAUCCUAGAGAAAUAAAUUAAAGAUUAAACUCAAAUGUUUAGGGUAUUCCAUUUAUGUCAUUUUACCAUUCUUUA